AUGGACUUGUCAAAUCUAUCCAAUAAUCUUCCUCCAGUGAAAUCGCUUGAGCAAGUGUCUCUUGUGGAUUUGAACAGAGAUUUAACAAACGAGUUCAAGAACACUGCCAAAGCGGUUGCUUCACUUUAUAAUGCGACUUCACAAGCUGAAUGCGAGCAUAGGAGCGCAAAGACUGAGUUUUCAAAUGCAGCGAAAGCUGUGGCAUCAUUAUAUCGCACUGGCAGCAAUUCAAAUGUUUUACUGAUGCACAAAGGGUAUUUGGAUUGCUUAGAUGACAUGCUACGCGUUAUCACUAAUGAUGAAGACAUCGAAAGUUGGGUACUUACAAGAAGAGCCGAGUUGACCAACUCUUAUAACACCAAUCAAAAUCACGGAGCAGGCUCUCCGGGGCGAGCAUCUGUUAGUCAUAAUACCCAUGAGAGAUUAACGGAUGAAGCAUUUCCUGUGAGAACAAAUAAAGAUUCUUCUCACAGGCUACGAGACUUUGAUGAAGCUUCCUCUGAGAACCUGAAGAAAAACACGACGGAGAAGAAGUUCCUGAAUAAUGGUACAGCAAAUGAUCUUUCACUGAGCCAGCUUCACACGGACUAUGAGUUUUCUUUGCCCCAGGAACUUAUGUCUCAUGUAGUUUUCCGUCCCAGCUUCCCACCUCUCUCGGUUUCUUUCAAGAGACUGAAGAAAUGGUGUGACAUAAAGGACCGUAAGAUGCCCAUUUCACUACAAGAUGCGAGUGGAUCUUCAGAUUGUGAUAGUGAUGAUGGAAUAACAGAUGCAGACAUAAAGAAAAAAAGAUUAGCGCAUUCAUUACAUGAAGUGCCGAAGAGGCAGAAAAGGGCUCCUGGCAGUGAUAACGAUUGA